AACACACACAAGGCUAGCUUGUUUGUACGAAUCGACAUUGCCAAUAUAAUGCGCAUACGCAUGCAGCAAGCAGCGGCCCAGUUCAUGCCAAGUUCGUGAUCGAUAAGAUUUGAAUUUUUGUUUUCGUCCCGAUCCGUCCGGCCCGUUACAAUCGAUCGCCAUUCGCCGGUCAUUUAUAGCUAGGCAUGCAAGGCUCCAUGGAGUUCAAGCAGGCGUUGCUGGAGAAGCUGCUGCUGGGGCUCCGGGAGCGCGGCGUGGCGUCGGGCGAGAUGGGAUUCCACGAGCGGAAGAGCGGCAUCAAGCGUGCCGCCGACACCGCCCUCGCCUCCGCCAGGGGCGCCGCGCCGCGCUGGAGCCGGGCCCUGCAGCGUGCUGCCGCGGCAGCGUCAACGACGACGACGGCAGAUCGGCUCGCGCAGACGACCACUCGGGGCGCCGGCCGCAGGUGUUCCACGACGUCGUCGCUCGCAUUGUCGAGCAAGAAGAUGACUAUCUUCAAGAGGCGGAGGCCGAGGAAGGCCGGCGGCGCGGCGAAGGCGUGCAGCCUGGCGAGGGCCAUGGCGAGGAAGAGGGCUGGAGUGUUGAGGGGGAUCGUGCCAGGAGGUAAGGGGAUGGACGAUGAGCGCACGUUGCUGCGGGAAACGCUAGACUAUGCCGUGUGUCUCAGAGCUCAGGUCGAUGUAAUGCAGCUUCUCGUCAGGGCUCUUCAAGCUCACAAACCCUAGAGAGGCUAGGAGUAAGCAAAUCCACCGAUGACCGAUCUUAUUUCUCUUCUCUCUUGCCGCCUACUGUUUUGUACGUAGUACUAUUUGUUCCACAUUUUCAUUUCUCCUCAUUUCUGGUUCAUUAGCACUGAUCUGAGAUCAUCAUAAAGGCCUUAAUUAGGAUCAUUGAUAUAUUUGUACUUUAGGUGCGAUAUUGUGUAAAUACGUUUCCCUUUUUAUACUAGCAAAAGGCGGUCUGCACCCACGA